CUAUCUCAGAUAGUCUUAUUAACCCCACAGCCACCUAGAAGUCAGAGUCCCUGGUUUGGCAGCUAAGAUGUGCAUUACACAUGAUGUCACGGAGCUGAGUGACAUCACCGAGGACAUUGUCCAGUCAUGCGACCAUCUCCCUCACAGAGAACCAGCACUGACCAAAACUGCUGAUUUUCAGCUGCCUAAGCUGCUGAUCCACAGAACAUUCGCUUCCAGUCUAGAGAGCAAGUAGAAAGAGGAACCAGGAGAGGGGAGCAUCUAUAUUGCACCAGGAUAAAAGGCAGUACUCUGCACCAGGGACCAGGAGCAGGUACAGUGUGCCAGGAGACGUGGGAAGAUACUGUGUGCCAGGAGAGGAGCAAGUACUGUGUGCCAGGAGACGUGGGAAGAUACCGUGUGCCAGGAGUGGAGCAAGUACUGUGUGCCAGGAGAUGGUGGAACAUACGGAGUGCCAGUAGAGGAUCAAGUAUUGUGUGCAAAGAGAAAGGGGAUCAUAUACUGUGCCAGUAGGAAAGAAGAUCCCGGUCUCAUCUACCCUUCCGUCAUGCUGCCCUCCCUGUAUUACCUGGUGCCUGUGCUGGGGGGCUACGCUGCCACCUCCUAUUACCUGCUGAGGCAUCCACACAUCCUGCACAAGCGCAAGAGGCUCCCCUUCCACUGCCGACACAUCUCCCACCGAGGGGGAGCGGGUGAGAGAAUCGAGAAUACUAUAGGAGCCUUCGACAAUGCCAUGGCCAACCACACAGACCUCCUGGAGCUGGACUGUCACAUCACCAAGGACGGCCAGGUUGUGGUGUCCCAUGACGGCAACUUGCUGCGGCAGACGGGGCAUAAUGUCAACAUAUGUGACCUCCGGUAUGAGGAACUUCCCCGAUACAAGGAAAGCCUGGAGGUCACCUUCUUCCCAGGCCACAAGUCGUCAGGCAGUGACCGCCGAAUGCCGCUGCUGGAGGAGGUGUUCCAGAGGUACCCACAGAAGCCUAUCAAUGUAGAAGUUAAGGCCGACGAUGACAAGUUAAUUAAAAGGAUAUCGGAGCUUGUGAAGAAAUAUCACCGCACGGACAGGACCAUCUGGGCCUGCACGACCGACAGCGUCAUGAAGAAAUGUCGGAAGGAGAACCCAGACAUGCCAGUGAUGUUCACACCCCGCCGGGGAAUCCUCCUUCUCCUCCUCUACUACUCUGGGUUACUUCCCUUCGUCCCUCUGAGCGAGUCUGUGGUUGAAACUUACAUGCCAUCUAUUAUAAACAGGACAUAUUUCCCACACAACUCACUGAUGAGGAACCGCUUCCUGGUCUACCUGCAGGACAAGCUAAUGAUGAGGAAGAGUCUGUUUGAGCAUCUUGAAGCCAGAGGGAUCCAGGUGUACCUCUGGGUACUGAACCAGGACUCGGACUACCAGAGGGCCUACGACUGUGGAGCCACAGGCAUUAUGACAGAUUACCCCUCAAAGCUACACGCCUUCCUGCGGCGACAUGAUGGGGUGCAGAGAGCUCGGGGCGCAGAGCCACAGGAAGCUGCGGCUGAAGAAGAGCAGCAAAGGUGUCAAUACUGAAUAUGAAGACCUCAAAUGAUGGCGCCGCCCGUGUUAUGUACAUAAGAAUACUGUGAAUUACAAAAAAUUUAAAUAAAUUGCAUAUAAUUUUA